AUGUUGAUUAAAACAUUAUUAAUAAUUGCCUUGCAAUUUGUUAACUUGACAUUAGGAUUAAAUAUCUUGAUGUCUUCAAAAGAUUCAUGGGUGUCAAAAAAUACCCGUCAUUUAUACGCGGGAUUAAAGGCCGAGGGCCACGAUGUCAGAUUGAUCGCUCCUUUGAAUAACAAUGGACACUUGAAUGAUGCAAGUAUUGCCAACGAGAAGAGUACAAGCUCUAAAAGAGAACAAGACGGACAAGACGGACAACGUGAGAUACUUAACGGAGGAGAUUUCGGACAUUUGUUGCCAGUGCACCAAAAGUACUACAAGACAAUAAAGCAGUUGAAUAACCUGCCACGCGGGGCUAAGAAUGUUAUUUUAAAGAAAGAUUUGACUAACAUGGAAGAGAAAACUAAUUUAGUCUACAACAACUACUUUGGACAAGAUCCAUUGGACAAAUCGGUUUGGUAUGUGAAUGCAUCACCUUUGGAAUCAUUAUUGAUUGCUUUUGAUAUACUUUUGCCCCAAUUCGAGCCUGACUUCAAACCUGACUUAGUGCUCUUGGGUCCCGAUGAAGGUUUAUCAUUGACAUCUUCAACCGCUAGCCAACAGCCAUUAUUUCAAGAAAACCAUCCAAACUCGGAUAACGGAUUAGAUUCUAUGAUGCGUUUAGCCAUGUUAAAGAAAUAUCCUGUCAUUGGUGUCUCUACCGGUGACGAUCAUCACAUUUAUUUUCAAGACGAAAACUUCUUCAAUAUCCAACAAGGCGUUUUAUCCAAGCAUUUGUUGAAAAAGAAUAUUUUUACCAAAAAUAUAAAAUUCAUUAAUAGUAGAGUGAUUGAGUUGAUUAAUAAGUUAAAGGCUUCAAAUGAAGCCAUGUUACCAGAAAAUGUAGCAUUAAAUGUCAACUUUCCAUCCAUUAAUCAUGAUGUUUCUCAUUGUACUACAUCUUGGAAAGAUAAAAACAACAACAACCCAACCUUCAAACAAGUUGUCUACGACAAGAAAUAUGACCACUCCAAGCAUAAUCUCUUACCUAAAUACGAAUUGGUUAACGAUACUAUCCGUGUCGUUGGUGAAUACAGCGUAACCGCUGAUGAAGAUGUCGAACAACAAACCUUUGUUGAUAAGAAAUCUUAUUACUAUUCGCAUAUUCUGAGACGUGAUACUUCUACAGAUGCCACAACUGAUACUGAGUUGAAUUCAAUUGAAACUAGCGGGAAUCCUAGUCAAGAUUACUCGGACAACGAUGAUAUCAAUCAAAUAAUGAGUAACAUCGACGAGUUAAACGUAUUGAAGAACUGUGGAAUCAGUGUCAGCGUCAACCACUUAAUAAAGGGUAAUGGAUUGGACAAAGAUUUCUUCGAUCUUGAGUCGUUAUUCAACUAA